UAUUGCAACCUCAACCGGGUGCCGGCGCAUAGUCUCAUACGCUUUUCGCUAAUUUCGUUCUUGUUUUUUUACAUUGCCGGAAGAGUGUGUCCGCAAGGUGGAAGGAAGGUUUCGCGGCACUCGGGAGCGACGCUGCGUAUCGUAAUGCACUACAGGCCUCGAUGAACAAGGAGUACCUCGAGUAUACGAAUGAAAGCAUUCGCGCGCCUUUGAGCCAACUCGACUCCACGAGGAAAGCGGUGUUCACGAGUGUCGGGGACUGCAAGCCCAUCCGGGACUUCUACGUGCAAUGCCUCCAAGUCUUCUGUGACGGUACCUUACAAUGCAUGAACGGCAUCUGGUUCGCAGUGUGGAUGGUGUGCGGGAUGUUCACCACCCAGAUUGCCGUAGGCUUGAAGCUCUCCAAGUACCUGAUGAAGAUGGACGACUACCUCUAUGAAGGCGUCGAAGUCGAGGAGUCGGUGGAAAGUCCAGCGGACGACAAGUCUACGGGUUUCAGCGUGAGCUACGCGCCAAGGCGGCCUGUUAAGGAUCCGUAA